CCCAGACCCCUGGGGGCCCCCCUGGCCCCCCCCCGCGCUGACCUUGUCCCCCUCCCAGGUUCGGGGGGGCCAUGGCACAGGUCCUGCGAGCUGAGGCCUUCCCAGGGCGCCGCUCGGGGCCCCCCGGCGGGGCGGGGGACGCGCCGUACUCGCUGGAGACGGCGUACGGCUACCGCCUGGACCUGGGCUUCCUGGGCUACGUGGAGGCCAUCGAGAAGGGGCUGACGCUGCGCCGCGUGCCGGUGGGUCGCCGGCCCCACCGCGCCUCCUGGGCCGCCCCCGCCGACGCCCUCGGACCCCCGGACCCCCGCGUGGAGCGGACGCUGCGGGGGGCCCGCCGGCGCCUGGAGGAGGAGGGGGUCCCGGCGGCGGGGGUCCCGGCGGCGGGGGUCCCGGCGGGCUCGCCGGGCGCGGCGCCGCUGCGGCUGGUGCGGGAGCAGAUGGCGGCGGCGCUGGGGGCGGCUGCGGGAGCUGGAGGAGCAGGUGCGGGCGCUGCCGGGCUGCGCCGGCGCCUGGAGCGGCUGCAGGAGGAGAAGCGGCAGCUCCUCGAGCGGCUUCGCCGCGGCGGCUGCGGCUGCGGCGACCCCGGCGGCUUCGGCACCGACAUCGGCGACGACGACGGCUCCGGCAUCACCGGCUCCGGCGGCGGCUCCGGCACCAGCAGCUCCGGCGGCGGCUCCGGCAUCACCGGCCCAGGCACCGGCACCGGCUCCGGCACCAUCAUCGGCUCCGGCAUCACCGGCCCAGGCACCGGCACCAUCACCGGCUCCGGCAUCACCGGCUCCGGCGGCGGCUCCGGCACCAGCAGCUCCGGCGGCGGCUCCAGCAUCACCGGCCCAGGCACCGGCACCGGCACCAUCAUCAGCUCCGGCAUCACCGGCCAGGCACCGCACCGGCUCCGCUCCGGCACCGCCAUCCUCAUCACCAACACCAGCAGCAGCUCCGGCACCAGCAGCGACGCCGGCAUCACCGGCACCGGCACCAUCAUCGGCUCCGGCAUCACCGGCUCCAGCCCCGGCACCGGUGGCAGCUCCGGCACCGCCAUCCUCAUCACCAACACCAGCAGCAGCUCCGGCACCAGCAGCGACGCCGGCAUCACCGGCACCGGCACCAUCACCGGCUCCGGCAUCACCGGCACCGGCACCACCAGCUCCAGCGUCGGCUCCGGCACCGCCGUCCCCGGCUCCGGCAUCGCCGCCGUCGCGGUGCCGCGGGGCCGCCGGUCGGUGGGGGUGGGCACGGAGAGCCCGGGGGCGCCGUGGGGCGCCGUGGGGCUGCCGGGGGGCGCCGGGGGGCUGCCGGGGCGGGUGGCGGUGCUGGAGCGGCAGCUGCGGCGGGCGCUGGGGGAGCUGCGGGAGGCUCGGGCCCGCCUGGCCCAGCAGCCGCAGCCGGGGGCCGAGGAGCCGCAGGAGGAGGAUGGGGAGGAAGGUCACGGGCGCCCCUGCGGGGGGGGCAGCGGCAGGCCGGGCUCCAGCUCCUCGGACGAGAGCGAGUACCACGAGGCCGUGGAGGGGCCCCCCCAGCUGGCCGCCCCCAGGCCUGCGACCCGCCAGGACCCUUCCGUGAUGCCGCGUGAUGUCAUAUGA